AUGGCUAGAUUUGAGCCCAAUCACUCUUCUCUGGACUAUAACACACUCAAAGACGCUGUCGUGGUCGUGUCCGGUGGUGCUUCGGGCAUUGGUGCUGCGAUAGUCCGAUUACUACAUGGGCAUGGUGCGAAGAUUGUUUUUGGAGAUCUCGACACCGCCAAAGCAGAAGCGGUGGUUGCAUCUACCUCGCCAUCUUCCGUCCACUUCGUGAUGACAGACGUUACAUCCUACACCGACAUUGUCGAUCUUUUCAGGUUUGCAUUGUCGAAGUACGGGCGUGUGGACCACGCUAUUGCAAAUGCCGGUCUCAUUGAGCAGCCCGGUUGGUUUGACCCCCGGCUUGGUAUCGAGGGUGUGGCGCACAAACCGACCACCAAGACAUCCGAGGUGAAUUUCAAUGGUGUCCUAUACUUUGCAAAUAUUGCAUGCACAUAUCUGGCGCAUAAGAAUCAGGCCGCGGAGAAGAACAGCAAAUCCUUGACUCUCCUGAGCAGUGUGGCCGGGUUCAAAGAGACCCCUGGCUUGUUCGUGUAUCAGGGCAGCAAGCAUGCAGUGAUGGGUCUGCUGAGGGCUCUAAGACUGUACGUUCCAGAAGCAUACCCAGGUAUUCGCAUCAAUGCCGUGCUACCAAGCAUGACUUUGACUGGAAUGGUCGAAGGCAUCAAAGAUGGCUGGAUGAGUGCUGACUUGCCAGUUAACAAACCAGAAGAUGUUGCAACAGCGCUGGUCGGGCUUUGCGUUGCAGGACCAGGGACAGACCCCAUCUGGUAUGAUGAAGAAGAGGCGGAAGGUGUCAAGAAGAUGAGCAGCGCUGGCGGCAUGGACUGGGACCACCCGUUGGAAACAGGCGUUAAUGGCCGGGGUAUUUUCAUCAUGGGUGGAAACUGCUAUGACAUUGAAGAAGGACUGGAUAGAACUGAGGAGCUUUGGCUGGGGAAGAAGGUCAGUGGGUGGUUGCAAAAGGGCUAG